GAUGGGUUUGAGAGAACGAGCAGGCAGUUAUGAGCACCCGGUGAAGGAAUGCCGACUAUGCUGUUAUUGAUUUGAAAACAAAAAACAAUAUCAAUACUGUUUAUCUAUUGUACGCAGGGAAGAAUGUGUUUCAUUACCGCUAUCUCAUCUACAAGAGACCGAUAAUUGGUUUCAUGGGAGCUGACUGCGACACAUUACCAGAGGAUACUGCAGUCUGGCAUUAAUUCAAAGGGCUGAGCAAUGUCCUAUCAUCCAGAUAACUUAAUACUGUCCUCUGGUCAGGACUUCAGCAUGGACUACUCCUGGGACGUUCAGCUGAAGAUCACUGGCCUGGGCUUCAUCUUCUACACCUUCAUCUUCUUCCUCUGUCACGUCUUGUCAACGCUGCUGUUUCAGACCUACCGCUCAUUGUCGGCCAAAGAAAAGGUUUUCUGGGAUUUGGCUGCGACACGGGCUGUGUUUGGCAUUCAGGGCAUUGUGGCAGGUCUUCGGGCCCUGAUGGAAGAAUCUGCCCUCUUCUCUGAUAAGAUUCUCGGACAGGAGGACUGGUCCUGGUUCAACAUUCUGACCGCUACGGGUUUUUUCCUGUUUGAAAACAUGGCCCUCCACAUGUCCAAUGUGGUGUUUCGUUCCUUUGACCUGCCAUUGGCUGUGCACCACUUCUUCGCCCUGGCGGGGUUUGCUGGGGCGGUUGUGUGGAACUGGCAGGGUCAUUUCCUCCCUAUGGUGACCCUGCUGCUGGAAAUGAGCACACCCUUCACAUGCAUAUCCUGGAUGCUGCUAAAGGCGGGCUGGUCCAAGACGGUGUUCUGGAAAGCGAACCAGUGGAUGAUGAUCCACAUGUUCCACUGCCGGAUGGUUGUGUCCUAUUACAUGUGGUGGGUGUGUUUGAAUCACUGGGAGGAGAUGAACACCCACAUCCCACUGCCUCAGAGACUGCUGUUCUUCACAGGCCUCUUCCUGCUCACCUUCUUCCUCAACCCCAUUUGGACACAUAAGAAAACCCUGCAGCUUCUCAAUCCUGUGGACUGGAACUUUCACAACCAGCCUCCACCAGAGAAUGGACCGCUACAAGAGCAGACCCAACAAAAGCCCCAUGCCAGCUGAUUAAUAUCAAGGGAAAUACAGUUUGGAGGAGACUGUUGCUUUUAGUGAGUUUGAUUUAAAACGUUUUAGCACUAACUACUAGAAUUUGCUACAACAUGAGCACCCUUAUGUUGUUCCGAGUCUGUUUUGCUUUGGUUGAACAGCGUUUUUUCGUCCAUACAGUGAAAGUCAGUACAAAAAAAGACCUCAUGUUAGAGGAAAAGUUGACCCCAAAUUUAAACUUUACUCACCCUUUAAUUAUUCUAAAUGUAAGUUUCUUUCUUCUGUUGAACACAUUUUAAGAUAUUUUGAAGAAUGAUGAAAACAAGUAUCAGUUUACUUCCAUGUUUUAUUUUUACACCUUUUAUAUAAGUGUUUGGACUUUCAGCAAUGAAGCUUAAACCACACUAACUGAAAUAAAACUAAACUUCAACUCUCAAAUCUGGACUGAACUUAAAUGCUAAGCUGCUUUGACACAAUCUACAUCAGGGGUCACCAACAUUUGUCACCGCACAUUAAUCGGUACCCAAGAAGUAGCUCUCAGUUUCAAAAAGUUUGGUCUACAUUGAUCUACAUUGUAAAAGUGCUAUAGAACUAAAAAUGAAUUGAAAUACUAUUGAUGUCAAUAGCUCCAGGUUUCCAGCAUUCUUCAAAAAAAAAUUUUGUGUUCAGCAGAAACAAUAAACUUAUUUCGGCUUGAUUUGAAACCACUUGAUGGUUUAAAAUUGUGUUUGUUUAAUUUUUUGGGUUAACUGACCCUGUAACUUGUAACACUUUGUAAUAUAUUGUCCUUAGUAGUUUAGGGAAAAAUGAAAGUCAUAUAGGUUUGAAAUUACUUGAAGGUGAGUAAAUAACAUUAUUUUUAUUUGAAAUAUUAUUGGUAUUUUAAAUUAUGAUGAUUAUUAAUAUUAUUAUUCUUCAGGGAAACAUUUAUGGUCCUGUAAAUAUCAUGAGAUCCAUUUAAUGCAACUUCCUUCCUUUUCCUGAUUGAGUUGAGUUCGGUGUCCUGAAAAAUCCUCUGUGUGUUUGUGUGUGUGUGUAUGGGAGGGGCUGUUUGUACUUUGGCUGUGCAGCACAGCAUCUCUCCACCCAUGAUGUGCUUGUCCUUUUCUUUCUGAGAGGCUUGGCUUGUCGCUGAUUCAUUGUCUUGUGAUAAAGAAAACCCUGACCCCAUCAUGACCAAACGUGAUCUGUUGACUCAAGUUCACAAAAAGCCACUCAGUGUGUCAACUUAAGCACAAAGACAUCAGACGUUGUACUUGUUUCCCUUUUUUACAAAGGAUUUUUUUUUUAUGGAUAUUGAGCUAUGGUGUUCAGUGAUAGUGGGCUGUGAGUGUUGAAGGACGUUUGACUAAACUCUUUGUGUUCUGUAUAAACGGGGUUUGUUCUGAAUGAAACCAAACUAUCUCUGCAGAAUGUGCGUCUGUGUGCUAGGGAAGGAUAAGGAAUGUAAACGAAGUUGCUUUAUUUUUACAUUAUAUUGGUUAUUUUAAGUACUAGAUAUUGAACCGGAGUUGCUCUGCAUGUAUUUAUAUUUUCUUCUCAUAUUUUUAGACGACUUAGAUGUUUUUGACGAGCUAAAAGCAGAAAAUUUAGAUUAAUGGCAUGAUAUGUAUUACAAGAGACAAUGCAAACUAUGACAGUGCCAAAUUAGCAUGCAUUUACACAUCAGCUGAUGGUACUACCGGAUAUGAAUGAAGGAUAAAUGACUGAAGUGAUACUCUGCUUGACCUCUGUAACUGCUCUCAGGGUAUUGUGAGGACAACACAAAGAGCAACUGCAGUAUUGUCUGAUAGUGACAGGUAAAGUUAAGCAAUAUUUAAAUGCCAAGGCGUUCAUUUAUAGAAGUGCUCACUAGUGUUAAACCUAGCUAUCAGCUACUAAAAUACCUCUGCUUCAGUUUCUCAUCUCAGUUUUUAAGUGAGGUUUAAAAGGAGCAUUUCUGCUUUGUUCAGCCUGUUCUUUCACAUUGUGGGAGUCAGAUCUGCUGAUUUGUGUAAACUGUAGAAAUGUGUCACAAAUGUUUAGCAGGUUGAAUGAAUGCUGUCUGUGCGAGUUGUUUUAAAUAUCACAAUUCUCUGAAUGGGAGGCACAUAAUGAGACAAAACUAUAGAAUUAUCUUAAUUAACCUUAAUUUAGUUUUCUUCAAGACUUUUCAUUUUGGGUUUUGUGUGAACCUCUGUACAAACCAAAAGGAUUUUUGAUUAUUUGUGUGAAUAUUUCAGUUACAUUUCAUGGUUAAUUUAAAACUGGAUGAUGUAACAACAAAUGACUGCCUGUGUUUCCAGAGUUGUUGUAUAUUUAAGUAUUAAUCAGUGUUGUGAUGGUUGCACAUUUCAUGUUAAAUAAUUAUUUGCAGGAAAAUGAUUGUUUAAAUUAAAAUACAGACUUAAUAUGUAAGUUUUAAAGCUACUGCAGAUGCUCUU